UUUUAUUUUAUGGUAAUGGAAGAAGGAUUUGUAAAAGGUCAAAGUGAUAAUUUGCCAAAAAUUGAUAUUUAUACAGUGAUGGACUUUUUUUCUUCCAAUCCAUCUUAUAUAAGUGCUGAAAUAAAAGGAGUAAAACUUUCUAAAGCCUGCAGAGAAUCCUAUCGAGAUGAGGCUGUCGGAUAUGUCCAGGUGAAACGUGAAGGCAAUAAAUGUACUGUAAAAUGCAGAAUUUCACCUGAACACAAAGUAAAAAGUAAACCUUAUCACUGUACAUUGGUUUGUGACGAAAGUGAGGAAAAGGUUGAAAGUGUUAUGUUGUUUGUCAUGACUGUGCUGCUAAUCAAGGUGGAUGUAAACAUACAGUAGCUUUUUUAAUGUGGCUUUUUAAAAUUAGUGAGGCACCUGCAACUACUUCAGUAAAGUGCUACUGGAUGAAACCAGCGCUUUCUAAUGUUGGAAGUAACGUUAAAUUUAUUAAAGCCAAAGAUUUUAACAAAGACUGCGCAACAAUUUCGGAAAUAACAGAAGAUAAUGAAUUUUGUAAUACUUUUAUUAGCGAAUGCAAGAAACGAAAUGCGAACAACAUACAAAUAAUGACAUAUUUUAAGGAUGUAAACUUGGAGAUGAAAGCUUCACUACACUACCUGAUUUGUAAAUACAAGAGUAGUAAGGUUCAGUUUAGUUUAAAUGAUUUUAUAACAUUUUGCAAACAGAAUAUUACUGAAACGCAAUGUAACUUGAUUGAAAAGGCAACAAGCAACCAAUCUGACUCUCCACUAUGGUUCGAGCCGAGGUACGGCAGAAUAACGGCUUCUAUUGCUCACGAAGCGUCAAAAUGUAAAACUUCGGAUGGGGUACUCGUAGAAAAAAUUUUAGGAGCAUAUCAGUUUAAAGAGC